AUGUCGGUUUUCGGUUUUCACCAUCGGGUUCGGUUUCUUUUUCCAUCCCUACCUAACAUCAAUCAGGAACGGGAGAGGUUCCGAUUCUCUUGUGACUUGGCUCCUGCUCAUACGCUGCUUCUAUGCAAAGUCCACAUCAGUGAAAGCUCAAAGCUCAAGCCACUGGGGAUUAUUGUUUCCCUAGAUUUGUCCGCUAAUCGGGAAAAGCAAUCACUAUCUCAAAACGAUGCUCAGAAAAUUGAAGGUUUGCUUAUCGAAUUCGUUCCUUAUCUAUGUCAGGCGAUUGUUAAGGCUUUAGCUGAUUGCAUGAUUGAUGCAAAAGAAAACUUAGAUAUAUCAAAAAGUUACCAAUCCUACGGGAGCAGAUUUCUUGGCUUGAAGCUACAAAUCAGGAUCUGUGUCACAAACUUGAUGAGAAUCGCAGUAGAGGCGACACUAUUGAUCAUCAAUCUGUCUCUAAAGCUUAAAAGGGUUUUGCGAAGUAUCAAUUCAUCAGAUUAUGAAAUGACUGAAAGUGGAAGAAACAACAAAAGAAUUGGAGCAUCCCCUUCUCCAAGACUCCAUGAAUAA